CCAAUCAGAAACGACGUAGGGUUUUAGCCUUGCUAGUCCUGCAGAGUGCUCCCCUCGAGCAGCCAAUCAGAGUGCGCGCUUGUCGGAAGUUCCCGUCCAAUCAGCGGGCGGGUCUCGGUACGUGGGGUGUGAGUGACGGUUCCUGCUCUCGGCUGCUCCGUCAUGUCGGCAGCUCCGUGUUCGGCUUCCCCGGCGGCCUCGUCCUCGGGCGGGUCGGUGCCCGGGAUGUCCAUGUUCCGCUGGCUGGAGGUGCUGGAGAAGGAGUUUGACAAGGCGUUCGUGGACGUGGAUCUGCUGCUGGGGGAGAUAGACCCGGACCAGGCGGACAUCACGUACGAGGGCCGGCAGAAGAUGACCAGCCUGAGCUCCUGCUUCGCUCAGCUCUGUCACAAGGCGCAGACCGUCAGCCAGAUCAACCACAAACUGGAGGCACAGAUUGUUGACCUGAAAUCAGAACUGACGGAAACCCAGGCAGAAAAAGUGGUUUUGGAUAAAGAGGUUCAUAAUCAGCUUCUACAACUGCAUGCUGUGCAGCUUCAACUACAUGCCAAGACUGGCCAGAGUGUGGACUCCGGGGCCAUUAAGGCCAAACUGUCUGUCCCUUCUGUGGAAUUUAUGGAAAAAGAACUUGAGGCCAGUAAGAAAGAAAAGGUAAAGGAAGCGCAGCUGGAAGCAGAAGUGAAAUUACUCCGAAAGGAAAAUGAAUCUCUCCGGCGGCACAUUGCAGUACUCCAGGCAGAGGUCUAUGGCGCUAGACUUGCUGCUAAAUAUUUGGAUAAGGAGCUUGCUGGAAGGGUGCAGCAGAUUCAGCUACUUGGACGGGAUAUGAAAGGUCCUGCACAUGAUAAACUGUGGAAUCAACUUGAGGCUGAAAUCCACCUUCAUCGACACAAGACUGUUAUUCGAGCCUGUCGGGGGCGAAAUGAUCUAAAACGUCCAUUGCCAGCUCCUCCAGGACAUCAGGAUCCAGAGUGCUUAAAGAAAAGCCAAGGAGUUGGUCCAAUUAGGAAAGUUAUCCUGGUUAAAGAGGACCAUGAGGGACUUGGCAUAUCGAUCACGGGUGGGAAGGAGCACGGAGUUCCUAUUUUAAUCUCAGAAAUCCACCCAGCUCAGCCAGCAGACCGCUGUGGUGGGCUGCAUGUUGGAGACGCCAUCUUGGCUGUGAAUGGAAUCAACUUAAGAGAUGCCAAGCAUAAAGAAGCCGUUACCAUUCUUUCACAGCAGAGGGGGGAAAUUGAAUUUGAAGUAGUGUAUGUUGCUCCAGAAAUUGAUUCAGAUGAUGAAAACGUAGAAUAUGAAGAUGAGAGUGGACACCGCUAUCGUUUGUACCUUGAUGAGUUGGAAGGUGGAGGAAAUGGUCCUGGAGCCAGUAAUCAAGACGGAAGUGGUGAUGCCAAGCCUUUGCAAGUAUUUGACCAAAAGCCUCAUCUUGAUGGUCAUGAAAAUGGUGACUUGGAGCCUACAAGUGAUUCUCUCUCAGGGGACAACGCUUCCAAGCGAACAUAUUCAACUGAAUCCUUAUCCUAAAGUUGACCUCUUGCAUCAGAUUAGGCCAAUACGGACUCUAGUGGAGUGAGGCUAACUGACACGGACAUGUCUCAUUCAAGGAAGACCGCUUGCUUGUUGUCUCUUGUGGGUUCCUCAGGGUUUGGCUGAGUAAUGUGUGAAGACUUGUCUCAUUUAUCCACUAUGAGCCAUAAUUAAUGCAGUUGCAUGUUUUUAAUUUUUUUUUUUAUUUUGUAAGCACCAAAGCACUUGUUGUUUUCAGGUGUAACAUCCAUCCCCCCUCCCACUCCACGGCAAAUUAUUUUUAACACAUUUUAAUCUUCUAUAUGAACUGGACUUUUGAGCAUUGUUAUAAGAGGGUUUACAGCACCGGUGUGAAAAUUUAGACUUGAAUGGCAGAAUUAUUUACACCAAAAAAAUCUAUUUCAUGUUACUGUGAUCGAUGUUGAUUGUGUAUUUUGAAUGAAGUAAAGUGUUAACUUGGCCAAGCACAAUCAAGUUAGGGUGGAACGUUAUUCAAUGCCUGUUUUAUGCAGUAGACAAGGUUAUUUCACUUUGUGAUUUUUAUAUACAAUAUACAACCCCCCUGCCCACCAUUGCUCUCACCUGCAGUGUAGGUGAAUAAAAAGGGAAACCAAACUGUUCAGAAUGAUUUAUAGACACUUCAUUACAUUUCAGUUCACAUUGAAGAUCGGAUGUAGUUUAGUUUAUGGUCUUCUUAAAACCAUGGUAAUGCAAACGUGAAUAAUCAUUUAAUCAGUUCUGUUACUAGAGGUACCUUUCAGCGUUGUUUUGGGUUUUCUCCCCAUUUGCUUUUUAGAAAGCAUGUAGAGAUUUCUGCAGUCGUAUAGUUUAUCAUAACGGAGCCUACAAAUAGGAAUAUUGUAAUUCUGUGUGUCUUGAUCAGCAUGUAAUGCCUGCUUACCACCAGACUGUUAUAUAAAACCAAAAUAUCAAAGGAGAACUAUUGUUAUCAGAAAGAAGGUGGAACGCCUGUUCUGUAGACAAAUCUCUAUGGAGUUAUUCAUUAGAAAGUACAUGGAAAACUGAGCAUUUUAGGCAAAAUAACCAUUUUUUUUAUGGGAAAUAAAAAUCUCCAGCUUUGGCCUAUAAUGUUAGUCCUUCACAAUUCCUGUUCUAGUGAAUAACCUUACAGGGACACUCAGGCCCCUAAAGCACUUUGACUUUCGAAAAUGUUAUUAUUAUUUUUUUCUCAUUUUACAAAAAGUACAGAUUUAACUUAGCCAGUAUAUUAACCCCAUGGCUUUCAAACCGACAACAUGUCUUUUUACUUCCUGGUUUGGUUAGCUCAGUGGAGCUAAACUGAAGAGGCACCAAUUGCUCAGAGCACCUGCCUUGCAAAGACUCUCAUUGAUCUGCAUUUGGAAGUCUGAUUGGACAGACACAAACAUUUGGGGAAGUAUGGGAGGCAUUGCAAAUGCUUCAGAUGAGAUCUGCAGUUAUUACAAGCUGUUUUUAGAUCUAGCCCAAGUGAAAAUAUGCAUAAUUAAAUGCAUGUACAUUGGGUGUAUAUCUAUUAAACAGUGAUUAUUUGUUUUUGGAUUUUUUUAAAAUUUAUUUAAUUUGGGUAGUGGAGUGUCCCUUUUAAGAUUGAUAUCCAGACAUGAUCAGUCUUUUUAUAGCAAUGGCUGUUUCUGUCAAGUUAAGGAACAUUAUGUAAUCAUAUAACGUCUUUCCCUUUGUAUUAGCUGCACUAUAUUUGUCUGAGGUAGCAUUGAAAUGUAAAUAGUGACAAUUGAUAUUUAUAAAUCUAUACUUUUCCCUUUGUGACUUUUUUUGGGUGUCACAUUAUUGUCAUUAUGUAUCUGUUAAAGCUUUUAUACUGUAUAUUUUAUAAGUUCUAUAUUUUUUGUUGUUGCUUACUUCAUUGCCAUCACUGAUUCUAUUACCCAUGGUCAUUACAAGUAUGCUACAUAUGCUUUUAACAUGUGGCAGUAUUUUUGGGAAGUUUUAUUCAGUCUAAAGAGGCAUCUCCUUGGUAGACAUUAAAUGAAAAUGAGUAAUCGAGAAGAGCCUGUUGUAGGGUCCAUUUUACUUUGGUAUAGAUAGAAGGUAGCAGAUGGCCACCUAUGUACUGUAGAGGGAUACUGAUAAAAUCCUUUAAAGUUGUUUAGUGUAGAUGGUAGAAGGAAUAUUAAAUAUACAUUGUGAUGGGGGCACUAGUAAAGCAUACAGUUUCAGUUCCAACAAUACUGAAUUAAUGCACUGAAAAAGUGGUAUGGGUGGAACAUGCCUUAGUAAGUACCACUGUACACGCCAAACACACUCGUAAUGCCUUGCUGAAACUUAACAUACAUGCCCCCAACUACUAUGAGACUACCAUUGUCUCAGUAAUGCACCAGGUUUUCCAUGAAAAAGUGCUAGUGAGCAGUUACUAUGGAAGACUAGAGACUCAAUCUACAUGAAUUUCAUAGUCCAAGAUUGCUUCAGUUUGGUCUUGAUUCAAUAUAUGUGGAGUUUAGAAUCUCUGAAGAGUUGAGUUGGAAACACAGUUCUCUGUGUAAUAAAAUCAAUAAAUACAAUACGUUUUGACAUUAUUUAGUGCAAGUAGAGGUAUCGUGCACCUAGUUGACUCCUAAAUAGUUGGAAGAAAUGUGCUUAAAUAUUGAGUUCUACCAGUUGUACCAUACAUUGGCAACCCUAGUGCAUUGCAUCCAUUUUUCCAUUGGAUGUAAGGACUUUCUGUAUUGCACAUGUUCAGUGAACACAUGGUGAUAUGUUUGUAAUGUGGGUAAUGAGUACCUAGUUAAAUUGGGUCCACCAUUACCAUUGAACAAAGAAAAAUGUAAGUGGUUUUAAAAGAGGUUCUAGGUGGAAAUAAGGCGAGAUGGUUAAAUUUUGAAAACUGUAUCCUUUCAACAAAUUGUAUGUAAAAUUAAAGAGGCAUUAUUUAUUGUAAA